ACAAGGGAAACAAUUUAGCCAUCCGCUGUACGUCUCCACACAGCACCUGGGAGAAACAUCAUUUUAAGUUUAUGAAGGGAGCAGAAUCUUGGCAAGAGGCAAUGAGAUAUUUGGUGCGCUUCCAAACAGGUUCCAGCGUUGAAACGACGGAUGAUGACAAGAAGGGAAAGCGAAAGAGAAGCUUAACUUCCAAGUACAGACCCCAGGCCUCUUCUGAUGAAGAGGAGUCUUGUCUUCCAGAUGCACCAGCAGUGCUGUCGUUUCAGCAACCUCUUUUGAGCUUUGAAAACCUUGUUCCCAGUAACAAGGUUUCAGUGCUGCCCGAUGCUCCAGAGGUUGCAUCGAUUCCAGAAAACCAGGAAAAUGUUGAGCCAUCUGUAGAUUUCAGAGCUGAACCAGGUUUCUCCCCAGUAAUCCAGACUCCACUUCACAGAGCCAAGAGUUUGAGUACAAGACACUUGACGGGUUACUCACCGCAGCAGUUUGUGGAUGAAAGGUGUCGAGCUCGUCAAGUACUAAGCUUUACACCCCCAGCAGCACAUUUACCCUGGCAGCAUAUGGGUGAAAACGCUGGAGGACAAAGUCAUCGCUCAGGUAUUGGCCCUUGGACUCCCCUGGCACCUCGUGUACAGCAUGAAGUUUUCUGCUAUGAAGAUUUCCAGAGACUCCAGAAUGAGAACCAAGCCCUGAGGGAUGAGAACCAAGCCCUGAGGGAUGAGAACCAAGCCCUGAGGGAAAGCAAUGCACCAGCAGCUUCGGAUGACAGCGGAUCACUUCAGGAGCAGGUGAAGCAAGUUGGGACAAUGUUAAAGACGUUUGCUCAGCACUGGGCAAUCAGGUACAACUUACGAACCUGUGCAGAUCAGACCCUAAUUCUGCGGCGUCUUGGAGAGUUUGGCGAUGUUGUGCGAAGCAUGGACAUCAAAAUGGACACUAUGCUGCAACAUUUUAGUGCCGCUUCGGUUUUUGGCAAUCAAGUGUGGGAGGGACCUCAAGACAACUGUGUGGCUGAAUGCUUGAGAGUAUCUUCUCUAAUCGCCUUUCCAUUAACACAACCUGGACUGGUGUAG